AUGUUUCAGCCUCCAUUCAAAGAUGAUUCUGUGAAGGAAACAUCCGGAGAUCUGCCCAGAUUUCCAGAGGAUUCCGGAGACAAGCCGUAUGCCGGAGAAAAAUGGAAUUCUGUCGGGCAAUUAGGCGUAUGGGCACCACUACCUGCGAAUGAGAAAAAUUAUGCACUCGAAGUCAAGCAUCGCGAGAAAGACCACAGGCCAAUCAUGAUUUUAUACCUCAAAAAUGACGAGAAGAAUGAGUACGAACCACGAAGCUUUGCCUGGCUCGAGCCACUCCACGAGAACCCUCCAGAAACAGGAAAGGACGAAACGUACAACCAUGUUUACAGCAAAAGUCUAUGGCGACCCCUAGAAGAGGCAGAAGGGCCGUACAAGUUGGACACCUCGUGUCCUACUAGUGGCAGGAACAUCGUAAUGAAAAUCGAAGCGGGAAUUCUGAGGAUGGCAUGGAUACCAGAACCGGGCAAGGAUGACCCGCCGAAAUGGCACGUGCUUGUGCCAGUAAACCAUCCAUUUCAAGACUCGGCUUUGAUGCAGUUAUUUAAAGGAAGUUUGGUUGUACCCUAA